UAUAAAGGCCCGGAAACUCCGGGUAAGCGCUUCAUGCUUCAAACAUGUAAACAAGAACGAAGUAACAACUAUUUCAUUUGUCGACAGGGAACGAAUAGUAUUGUGUAUUCCGUGAAAUCACAACCUACAUAAAAUGAACUAAAACGGUAAGAGUCCGAAAAUGUCUUUAUAGACUUUAGUUCCCUUGGUUGCGUUCACUUAUUUAGAUAACUGUCUUGGUUACUACAGAGCUAAAGCUAGUUAGCGUUAGCAUAGCGUUGGUUAGCCCACGUGUCAAUAUAUUCUGAAUGUCUUCAUAAAAGUCUCAUAAUAACACGUGUUGAAGAGAAAUAUCUCAAAUAAGCUAUUAAAUUUCUGCUCGGUUAUUAAAGCGUUGGGGUUAAUGAGCCAUUAGUCACCGCUCUUAGCUAGUUGUUCAGUGAGCGUUCGUUAGGUGGUGCUGUUCGUCGUAUAUUAUGGUGUAUUAUGGAUGCUAAGGGAAGCGAAGAUGCUGAUGAUGAUGGAGGCGGCAAAGACGAUCUCUUCUUCAUUGAGGAUCUCGGUAGUUCAGAAAGUGAAGAAGAGCUCACAUUCGGUCGCCAGAAACGAAGCAUCAGCUGUAAACCAGCUUCACGCCUCAGCAGAGAAAGCUCUCCUCCGCUCCUCCUGGCGUUCAGCAUCACUUCUGGACGGGCUGUGCAGAACAGCAACCUGAGUUUGGACUUAGAGGAGGGCGAGGACAGUGACCAGCCCAUCGAGGAGUGGAUGAUCCUCGGAAGAGAGGAGCAGCUGGGAGACUCAAACAUUCAGCUCAACCUGAGCUACUGGAACAGUUCUGAGGGCGACUCUGAGGAUGAAGAUCAGAAUGACAAAUCUUACGUGGAUACAUGGGCUGUUUCAGAGAAGGACAAGUACGGUGCUGAUCAGUCUCUCCCCAUUCGCUAUUUUGUGCCUGGUCGUUUUCUGAACUGUAACAUCUGCAACAGGACGGGACAUCUUGCCAAAAGCUGCUACUACCACAAGCAGAAAUGUUCCACCUGUAUCCUGUGUGGGAUUCAGGGCCACAUUCACAGGGACUGCCCGACUCGUCCCUGCCCCAGCUGUGGCCUGCCUUCACAUGGCCUCAGGCCCUGUGAAAGGCCCCCACUGUGGAACCAACACUGCCAGCGUUGUGGUAUGGCAGGGCACCUGUCUGAUGCCUGCCCUGACACAUGGAGACAGUACCAUUUGACAGUCCGGUUAGAUGUUCCACUCAGGCCACCAAUCUACUCAUUGAAACACAAGAAAUACCCCGCUCAUUGUUACAACUGCUCUGAGAGGGGCCAUUAUGGAUAUGAGUGCACCAAGAGGAGGAUGAUCAGUGGGACUUCUCCUUCACUGCCCUAUGUUUGCCACUACGACACCAUGGAGGACAUCAGCCAGUGUCGUACAGAAAUGCAGAAAAGAACCAAAGAUCUUGUGAGUGCAGGAUCUGUGCAUGACCAGCAACAUGACUGUGAACCAACGGGAGAGUGCGGCGAGGAGAAUCAGACAGUUCAGAGGAGGAGCAAGACAAAGCAGGAGACAUGUAGCCGAGCUGGAAGGAGGAAGACUUGGCCAGAGAGGCGCCGAGAGAGACGGGAGGUGAAGAGACUGAGGAGAGAGGCUCAAGCCAGACGUGAAGGAGGACUACUGGGGAGACCCUGGGGGAACACUGAUGAUGAAGUUUGCUCUGCAGACCCCUUGGGGCCCUCAUUCCGUGGUCUCUGGCAAUCCGCAGCCCCUCCACAGAAGAAGAGGAGGGACGAGGAGGGUGGCAGGAGCAGGAAGAAGAGAGAGACAGAGAGGUGGAAGAAAAGAGGAGGGAUAAAACUGAGAGAUUUAUAUAGCUAUGGUGAGGUAGACAUCUGUAGUGAAAACCUUAUUUCCCCAAAACAAAGAGUACGCCAUCGGAGAAAAUAAUGAGUGAUAGUUUUUGUUUUGUUUUUUUUUUACAUAUGUUUUUUUUAAGUCAUAAGAAAUGCAACUGAUAUCAAAAUUUACUAUCUGUUUUUGACUCAUUUAUUUAUUAUCAGAAAAAAAUGUAGAAUAGCGUAUACAGUUGAAGGAUGAUCACCAUAAGUGUAGCUGAAAUGAAUAUACUUUUGUACUUUAACCAUGCUCUGCAAUGUAUCUACUACAAUGCUGGGACAAUUUUCUACAUACAGUGUUUUGCAGUAUGUUUUUUACAAACUAUGCCUGCUUCACAUGUAUUGUUUGCUAUUAUCAUAAAUAUAAUGCUAGGUUUACAGGAAUAUAGUUUGUCUCAUUACAAUGCUUGAAAUCAGGUCAGUGGCACAGAACUUUGAUGGGGCUUUGUAAAGAAUAAUUUUUAUAUUGUAAAGACGACAAUAAACGUACAUUUCCACUCUUUGA